UUGACUCUUUCUGUUCCUAUCUCAAUGUCAUAAAACAGAACAGGAACUAGUUAAUGCUUACGGUUGAGAGAAGGAGGAGGAUUAAACUCUUAGACAAACAUCAAUACAUUUAUAAAGGGAGUCGUUGCAUUUAGUUUGAGAACGAAAUUUCCGUAGAUCGUUUCUUACAUACAGAUAUAGAUCGUUUUUAAAAGCGAGUUUUAUCAUGGAUGACGUGGACAAGGGAAUGAGGAAGUCUUUUGCACUUUCCGCGGUAAUGGCCGAUAUUGGCGUGACACAAGAAAUAGCGGCUCUUAGAAGAGGUGUUAACUGGCUGUUAGAGAAACUGAUUUCGAUGUUUUUAAAGACAUCCGGUGUUGAUUGUGAAAUAUAUAUUUUUGGCAGUCAGACUGAAGGUUCAACAACAGUAGGGAUGCUCUCUGACUUCGACUUUCUUUAUUGUAGUGAUUCAAAAUGCGUUUGUUUAACCGUCGCUGAGUACCAGGCAAAUAAAAUGAAUUUCCUGGUGAUAAAAGACGACACUUCGUUACCACAAUGCUGUAGUCUACAAUUAAUAAUCGAAAGCAAAGAUGGUCCUCCAAUGCCAGUUCCUGCAACAAAUGUUAGUCAAGACAAAACGCACCACUUCAAAGAUAUUGCAUUUAUUGUGAAUCAGAAACAUCAAGUGCUUCUUUCUAACACAUUUGAGAGAUUAAACAUUGUGAAUAAGGUAAGCCCAUGGAUGGUGAACAUCUCUUACAGCGGUCCAGCCGUAGGUCUGUUUGGUCAAGAUUUUGUGUACGCUAUGCAUUGCCCAAAAUUGCCGGAUGACUAUGCGAGUUUUUUCCACCGACCAAGGCCAGGGCACUGGCCAAAACUAGAGACUAUUGCGAGGGCAAAAGAGAACGGUGUCUUUUUGGUGCCACAUGGACCUCCUAAAAGUGGUAAUAAUUGUGCAUUUGACGAGUUAAGUAGUACAGGCACGAUGCUUGUAAAAUUGCAUUCUGGGAGCAUUGCAGGAUUAACCCAAUGGCGAUUUACUACAAAUAACAUUGAAAGAUGUCUCAUGUUUGAUUUGAACGAAGUACAGAUGCAAGCAUAUGUAGUGACGAAAAUUAUUCGGAAAGAGCUUUUUGUUCCAUCGGUAGGGGAUCGACUGAGCACAUUUCAUUUUAAAACGGCUUUAUUCUUCACAGUUGAACAGGUCCCUCCACAGUUGUGGAUAGGUUAUAAGGAUAUCGAACAAUGUGUAAUAUACUGUCUCACAACACUGAAGCGUUUCUUGCAGAAACGUUACUGUCCGCACUAUACAAUUGCAGGAGUCAACCUGUUUGAAGACAAAAUUCGAACGCACGAAUACAACAGCUUGAUUAAGAGAAUUGACGGAUUGAUAGAAACGCAACUGGAAUGUAUGAAUGCAAUAACUAUGGAUAGGAUUGGACUGAGAUUGCAAUUGUACUUCUCAGAGGUACCAAUACAACAUGAUCGUAGAAUACUAGAACUACGGUACAGAAGUCGAUACAUCAUAGCAAGUGCCCUAUUUCAAACGUUUUUUACCACUUUAUGCAUAUAUUCCACGUUCUUUGAAUACAAAAAGGACCCGAAACUGAAUAAGACUGAUCUAGAAAAUUUUACGACAUACUUAAAUGCGUGCUCACAAAAUUUACAGACAGCUGCAGUUGCUUACACACUAUUUGCUCGGGAAUUCUAUAUGAUUGCCGAUAUGGUCACGUCCGUUUCGGCUUCACUCAGUGCUUCUUCCUGCCUUGAAGAAAAGCAGACAGUCACUAAAGAAAUUUAUCAAAUGUACCAAUCAUCCCUUUGCUCGGGCUUGAUGUGCAACUACAUACGCUUUGCGACAUUUCUUUUUUGCGAUGGGCAGUUUCAACGCGCAGCGUAUUUUUUGAACAAGGCCGAACGCAUGAUUACGCUCAACAUUCUUCAAAUUUCAAUUGGUGAUCGCCAACCUCAUCAGGUAUCAGAAUGCGUUCCAGCGUAUGACAUACCACUUUCAGAGACUCUCAAAAAUACAGCAGUGUGUUUAGUCUUCUGCAACAGAGAGAGGAACUGCAUUCCUUGGUUGUUACAGUUUGAACUUCAUAAAAAAUCUAUAGCGCGAUCGAAUUCAAAUCGAGGAUAUAAAUUUGAAUUUUCAGAUCUAGCUGUGGUUGAUUCGAUACCAUUUCUGUUCUACCUUCAAUAUUUAACGUUCAGAGAGCUGCUGAAUCGAGACAAUCAACUUAUGGCUUUAACUAAACUUAAAGACUACCUUAGCUUUGAGAGCAAAGACUUGCCAAGAACAAGUGAUUGUGGAGCAUCCACUCCGCUCCACGGUUUCAUUGAGACCACGCUGGCUAUGGUAGGUCAUUGUUACGAACUUGAAGAACGGAUUGACCGGGCAUGGAAAACGUAUACAUUGUCUCUACGAUUAAGUAAGCUCAACAAUGCAGCGGUUUGGCACCUUUUCAGACUUGCAGGGGAGCACGUUUAUUCCAAAACGAAACUAGGCUAGAGUUACAAGUAUGCCAAAACACUACGAACAAAUGCCGUGGACGAGUUAUAUAUGCUUGUCAGUCAAGAGCGAUGAAUUACUUUAUUAAGUCAAUUUUGAUUUCCUAAAAACAUCGAUAUUUGCAUGCGUGUACCUACCGUUAUACACAGACAUCAGUGAGGUUGAAAAUGAGGACACCUUCCAUUAUGGGCAUUCAAACUCUGUUAAAAAGACAACACAUUUGCCCUCCAAAACAUUCACGCACAAUUCAAAGUUGCAUGCAGUUGCAAAUAUCGUGGGUGAGUAUUACAUUCUUGUAAGACGAGAUCGAUUACUUUCUAUAUUGUGUCAAUUUUAAAGGAAUAUACCAAAAACAUCGGGACACACAUUCGUGUACCUACCGCUAUAUAAAAGAUUUAAAUCAAAUCUCUAAUAUGAGAUUUACAUAGACUUAGUUCCGAAAAAACUAAGAUGGUAUAUAUGCAGAUUAAUAUUAUCUGUUCACCUCCUUCGUUUUCAGACUGGUAGAUAUAAUAGAAACAAUAUUGCUUGACAAGAAAUAUAUUAUUGUGUUUGUUGUAAUGUCACGGAUAUUGAGGACGAAUUUCAUUCUGUAUGUAUUUGUUCAACAUUUGUGGAAAUAAGGAGGAAAUACAUAAAAAAUAUCACUAAAAUAAUCCAUCUGUUUUAAGUAUAUACAAUUGCUACAAUCAAUCAAUAGGUCAGAACUAAUAAAACUGUGUUUAUAUGUUAAGGAAUCGUUUAAUAUCAGAUCUAAUUUGUUAAAUCGUGUAACGUGAUUUACCAAUUGUUCAUCAUCUGUAUUUCAAUAUACAUUUGUGCUGCAUAUAUAUAUUCAUGUUUGUGGACAUUUGCUUUCUGCACAUAUGUUGACACAUAUCAAUACUAUCUACAUGUGAUAUUGACGAUGUACAUUGUGCUAGUAUAAUAAAAUGUCUGUAUGUCUGUCUGUCUCUAUACAUACUAUAAUGACGAUGAAAAGGAGGAAAUUUUUCCAUAUGGGUAUUCAAACACGCUUUACGCCAUUACUGCUGUUGGUAUAAAAUAGUACCUUGUUUGUUUUUGUAUAAUUUGUUAUGGUACAUUAACGAAAAUUCCGUAUUAUUGCACCAUUCGUUUGUAAUUUCGAUUGGUAUAGCACCUUUUAAACAUAUACACAUGGAGAGUUGAGAUUGUUAUACUUUGACGCCAUUGGAUGUUGGGUUAAUAAAAUGUGAUUUUGUUGGUUAUUUGACAUAUUCUCACCCCCUUCCCCACCAGCCUACACGAUUGACGUGAUUUGUUGAUGAAGAACGAUUAUUCAAUAUAUAUCGACGCCUGUUGUAUGUUCACAAUAUUAUUAUUUUUAGACUUAACAUGUAUUAGUAUGUGUGGUAUUUGUGUUAUAUUACUCAUACCAUGUGUUCAGUAUAGAUAAAUAAACUUAUCAAAGUA